GGGUGUUCCGGCCUUGGGGAAGCUGCCGAGAUCUGGAGACCUCUGGUCCAGAGGGGACAGCGGGGACUACUCCGGGACGCGGCAUCCCGUACCCACUGCCCUUCAGAGGACGGAUCCAGAAUGGAGCCCAGGAGUUAGGAGUCCUGCGUGGGAAGGGCCGAGUUCCAGCCAUUCGGUUGGCCAAUUGGGGCUGUCCGCAGGAGAAGCUGGCCGGAACGGUGCCCUCGCUAGUUCCCGCCCAGUAGAGGCUGGGGCUGGCUGGUCAUGGGGGAGCCUGGUAGAGAGGAGUAUAAAAUCCAGUCUUUCGACGUAGAGACCCAGCAGCUGCUGAAGACUGCACUCAAAGAUCCGGGUGCUGUGGACUUGGAGAAGGUGGCCAAUGUGAUUGUGGACCAGUCUCUGCAGGACUGUGUGUUCAGCAAGGAGGCAGGACGCAUGUGCUACGCCAUCAUUCAGGCAGAGAGUAAACAAGCAGGCCAGAGCCUCUUCCGGCGUGGACUCCUCAACCGGCUGCAGCAGGAAUACCAGGCCCGGGAGCAGCUGCGAGCACGCUCCCUGCAGGGUUGGGUCUGCUACGUCACCUUUAUCUGCAACGUCUUUGACUACUUGAGGGUGAACAACAUGCCCAUGAUGGCCCUGGUGAACCCCGUCUACGACUGCCUCUUCCGGCUAGCCCAGCCGGACAGCCUGAGCAAGGAGGAGGAGGUGGACUGCUUGGUGCUGCAGCUACACCGGGUCGGGGAGCAGCUGGAGAAGAUGAACGGGCAGCGCAUGGAUGAGCUCUUUGUCCUGAUCCGGGAUGGCUUCCUGCUCCCGACCGGCCUCAGCUCGCUGGCCCAGCUGCUGCUGCUGGAGAUCAUCGAGUUCCGGGCGGCUGGCUGGAAGACCACCCCUGCCGCCCACAAGUACUACUACAGCGAGGUUUCCGACUAGGCUCCAGCUAGGGCUCCCUCCGCAGCAGUGCCGGCCCUUCUGCUCACCUCCCAGACCAGCGGAGUCUCUGCCUCUCCCAGACACCUUCCCUUCUGGACUUGGCAUCUCCUGGUGAGAUGUUCCCCACUCCCACUGCGGGCCUGCCUCUGCUGUCCCCUUGGGGAAAACACCACAGUCCUGGUCUCCAGACUCAAGGCCGUCCCUCCUUCUCCACCAAGUCCUGGUUAUUCCUCUCACACCCACCACCUUCCAGGGCCAUGCAGGAAGGGCUACCCCUGCCAACCACGGCAACCGGUGCAACUACUAUCUUGGUGCCUCAGUUUCUCCAUCUGUAAAACGGGUAACCAGAGCCACUGGAGGGAUGCUUUGCGAUGGGCAGAGGCAGAAGUUACACCAGCAACAGCUUUUUAUACAUUUCCACAAGGACCACUUUGGAAGCCACACGUCUGCCAGCUUUAAUGAAUGGUAGCACUGCGCCACACGCUAUGCGAGAUUUCCUAAUAAACCUUUUCUGGGACUACAGCUGCUUCCUCACGUGUCUUCCAGAGGCCUAAUCCAAGCCAAGGGAAAAGACUGGGCCCUGAGCUUCUUGGAGGAAAUCAAGUCCUUGUGUUUCCCUUUGUGCAGAGAUGGGACAGGAAGAGUUCUAGCCCCAAAGAAGGAUUAACAGGCAAUAAACACACUUCUCCAUCU